CCAUGUCGGAUAUGGCGGAGGACGGCGAGGCCAAGUGCUCCGCCGACGUGGCCGAGGGGUCCUACUUCAUGGCCGGCGUGCUGGCCAUCCUCGGCCUCAUGGCCGCCGUCCUCGUCCUCUCUGGCCUCUUCCAUUCCGUGCUUCGUCGCGUGGGCCAGCCAAGCAUCAUCUCGCACAUCCUGGCCGGCGUGGUGGUCGGUCCGACGGUGCUCGGUCGCAUGGUCGACCUCCGGCAGCUGGGCAUGAAGGACGCCGGCCGGGCGCUGGGCGACGCCAUCUACUACAUCCGCGUCGUCUUCAUGUUCUUCAUCGGGCUGGAGAUGGACCUGCGCUACCUCCGACGACACUUGCGUGCCUCCAUCAUCGUUGCCUUCGGCGGCUCCGCGCUCUGCCUCGUCCUGGCCACCAUCUCUGGCCCCUUCUUCUACGGCCUUCUCCACCCAGGGCAGCGCACCUUCCAGCCCGAAAGCCUUUACGCCUCCACCGCCCUCUUCAUGCUCGUCCUCACCAGCACCGCCUCGCCCGUCCUCAUCCGCAUCGUCACGGAGCUCAAGAUCACCGGCUCCGAGACCGGCCAGCUCGCCAUCGGCACCGCCUUCGCCAACGACAUCGCCAGCCUCGCCGCCAUUAGCAUGAUGGUGGUCAGCCCAACCACCUACGACAAGGACGGCAAGCCCUUGCCACCGCCCAACCGGCUAGUCGCGCUGCCGGUGGUGAAGGUGAUCAUGUUCCUGUGGAUGGCGCUCAACGUGUGGGUCUCCGUGCGCAUUAUGGUAUGGAUGACCAGGCUGGUCAACAAGACCAAGCAAGGGAAGCAGUACAUCAGCAAGUACGAGCUGUUCGCCAUGCUCGUCCUCAUCGUCGGCCUCUCGCAGCACGUCCAGCUAUUCGGCUACAGUGCCUCCAUGACCGCCUUCAUCAUCGGCAUCACCACGCCGCGGGAAGGCCCCACGGCGCGCACGCUUAUCGACCGCCUCGCCUACCCCGUGCACAGCAUCAUCAUGCCCCUCUGCUUCAGUACCAUCGGCGCGAGGCUCGACUUUGCCAAGAUCAACUGCUUCACCCCCACCCAGUUCCUCUUCGUCGUCACCUACACCACGCUGCUCAGCACGAUCGGGAGGGUAGUCGGCACGGUUGUAGCCGGGCGGAUGAUCGGCAUCCCGGCGAGGGAGACGCUCGUGCUCGGCUUCCUGCUCAAUGUCAAGGGCUACGCUGACAUCCUCGCCAUCAACCUGGGUGACUCGACCGGGAUCUGGAACGGCGCGGCGCGGGGCGUGCUUCUCCUGUCCUCCAUCAUCACCACCUUCAUGGCCGGCCCAGCGUCGGCCGCCAUCGUCCGCCAGCAGCGCCGCGCAUUCCAGUACCGCUCCCACUGCCUCCAGCACCUCAAGCUUGACCAGGAGCUCCGCGUUCUCGUCUGCGUCCACGGCGCCGGGAGCGUCCACUCCAUGCUCACCCUCGCCGAGCUUUCCAAGGGCGCCACGCCAGUUGCCAUAUACCUUCUCCACCUCAUCGAGCUAAUGAGCUCGCGCAAGUACGCCAUCACGCACUUCUACCACACCGGCGACGGAGCUGACGAAGAGGACGAUGACAGUGGCCGAUGGGGCUACGCGCCGGUGAUCGACCAGGUGGUGGCCGCCGUCAAUGGCUUCACGAACGGCACCUUCAUUCCAGUCCGGCAGAUGACGGCCAUCUCCAGCCUCGAGACCAUGGACGCCGACGUAUGCAACGGCGCGGAGGACGCACGCGCGUCGCUCGUCGUCGUGCCAUUCCACAAGGAGCAGCGCUACGACGGGCGCAUGGUGUGCCGCCACGACAACCGCCGAGAGCUCAACCAGCGGAUCCUGCAGAGAGCGCCAUGCACCGUCGGGGUCCUCGUCGAGCGCCAUGACCCCGCAGGCGAAACGCACAGCGUGGUGGCGGUGUUCCUCGGAGGGCCGGACGACAGGGAGGCGGUGGCGUACGCGACUCGGCUGGCGGCUCAUCCGUCGGUGAGCGUGAUGGUGACGAGGUUCCUUCCAGCGGGAGCGAGCGUGCACAGCAGCACGGAGAAGGAAGAGGAGGCCAUGGCGGACGAGGAGUUCAUGGCGGACUUCUACGCGAGGUUCGUGGCACCGGGGCAUGUGUCUUACACGGAGAGGUACGUGAGCAACGGGCCGGAGUUGGUGGAGUCUCUGUGCUCCAUGGCCGGGAUGUACUCGCUGUUCGUCGUGGGCAAGGGUGCUGACGGUGGCAGCGCGGCCGUCACCCAGAUGACGAGCGGCAUGGGAGGCUUGUACGAGGAGUGCCCGGAGCUAGGACACGUGGGGGACCUCCUGUCCUCGGACGACUUGUCCGGCUGCUGCGCCUCGGUGCUAGUGCUUCGGCAGCACAACGUGCGCCAGAGGAUGAAACAAGAUCCCAAUGGUGUCGACGAUGGCCUUAGAUGAGAAUGGCAACAAUACUGUAAAGUUAGUCUACAGUAUUAGUACAUGUGUAUAACAUAGAUAGUUUACUCUCCCCGUGAUA